GCAGCAUUGAUGGCCAGUUGUUCUUCCUGUGACAAAGGUCAACCCGUUUAGGAGAAGCAAGGAUUCAAGAAAAUCGACCGAAACCGACUAAAAAUACACUGAUAACAUGUCCCACACCAUCCUGCUGGUGCAGCCCACCAAGAGGCCAGAGGGGAGGACAUACGCUGACUAUGAAUCAGUCAAUGAGUGUAUGGAAGGUGUGUGUAAGAUGUACGAGGAGCAUUUAAAGAGAAUGAACCCCAACAGUCCAUCGAUAACAUACGACAUCAGCCAGCUGUUUGACUUCAUCGAUGACCUGGCUGACCUCAGCUGUUUGGUGUAUCGUGCCGACACGCAGACGUACCAGCCGUACAACAAGGACUGGAUCAAAGAGAAGAUCUACGUGCUGCUUCGCCGUCAGGCCCAGCAGGCAGGAAAGUGAAGCCUCUGAGGGGGUGGACGGAUGGGUGGAGAGGGUUGGAAGGGGGGAUGGGGUUCAAUAUCAUUUUUACUAUCUGUAACUUGUGUUGGAAAAGUUUGACCUACCUUGUUUUGAGAAGUUUUUAAAACGCUUUUUUUUUUUCUUUUUUUUUCUCAUGAAG